GCGUCAUGGCACGGCGCAUGGCAAGCAUGAGCAAACCACUCCAGCAUUUGUAUCGCACAAGCUCGCAACCUGUGCCUAACACAAACACGAUCAAAUCUUGUAGAAUCGUCGGUCUCAACAGGGGCAACAUCUGCAGGAGAGAAAUAUCUUCACUUCAUCCAAGCUCCAACACGAAAGUCGCAUUUAGGCAUCUGUCACCACACAAGGCGGUCCUCAGCUUGCGCACGUCAAUCUCGCAAGCCCACGUACAAAUUUCUCGUCGAAGCGAACAUUUGCGCAUCAUGUCGUCGGAUGCAGACUACGCGGCCUUCUUGGACAAGGCUAACCAAGACAUUGGAUCGGCAGAGACAAGGGACGCGUCGCAGAAGCAGGGUUAUGGCACCAAGAGCGUGAACACGGCAGUGCCCAAGGUGCUGGAGCAAGUGGAGGAAUACUAUGUUAGCGAUGCGGACGAGCCUUUUGAGCCUGUCGCGCUGAGCUUCGAGGGAAGCAGUGUGUCGGCUGACGAUCUUGAGAAACUCAUCGGCAGCGACAAGGUCGAGGAGGUCAAGGGCACCGGCUUCGAGAGCCAAUACAAGAAGGUCGUGGACGCGGUCAAGCAGGCAGGAGAUGGCACGGUCAAGGUGUUCCGAGUAGAGCUCCAGGGAACCAGGGCAGAAUACUACGUAGUCACGGUAGACGAGAAGCAAGGCAGAUUGGUGGGACUCAAGGCUCUUGCGGUGGAGUCGUAAAGGCAGCAGCUGGAUUGGAAAUCAGACAAUAUAAGACAUGAACAUGGGCAAGCACGUACGGUUUGGUGCAGUUUCAGGCACUAUAAGAAGGCUCGAAUGGCGUA